AUGACUCACCAUUGCACCAAGUUCUCCGGCCACUGGAAGAUCAUUGUCUUCGAUGAGGAGUGCUUCCAGGGCCGCCGCCAUGAGUUCACCUCCGAGUGCUGCAAUGUGAUGGAGUUUGGCUUCGAGACUGUGCGCUCCCUCAGGGUGGAGAGUGGAGCCUGGGUUGGUUACGAGCACGCCUCCUACCAGGGGCAGCAGUUUGUCCUGGAGAGGGGAGAGUACCCUCAGUGCGAUGCCUUCGGAGGCAGCAAUGCCUAUCACAUCGAGAGGCUGACCUCCUUCAGGCCUAUUGCCUGUGCUAACCACAGAGAGUGUCGUAUGACUAUCUAUGAGCGUGAGAACUUCCUGGGCCGCAAGGGUGAGCUUAGUGACGAUUAUCCCUCCCUCCAGGCCAUGGGCUGGUGCAACAAUGAAGUUGGCUCUCUCAGGAUCCAGUCUGGAGCAUUUGUGUGCUACCAAUAUCCUGGUUAUCGUGGAUACCAGUAUAUCAUGGAGUGUGAUCGUCACUGUGGGGAGUUCAAACACUUCAGGGAGUUUGGCUCCCACUGCCAGACCCCUCAGAUCCAGUCCAUCCGCCGUAUUCAGCAGUAA